AUGGCUGGGAUUUUUUAUUUCGUCCUUUUUUCGUUUCUCUUUGGGAUUUGCGACGCUGUCACCGGUUCUAGGGUGUAUCCCGCAAAUGAAGUUACCUUAUUGGAUUCCAGAUCUGUUCAGGGAGAACUUGGGUGGAUAGCCAGCCCUCUGGAAGGAGGGUGGGAGGAAGUGAGUAUUAUGGAUGAAAAAAAUACACCAAUCCGAACCUACCAAGUCUGCAACGUGAUGGAGCCCAGCCAGAAUAACUGGCUACGAACUGAUUGGAUCACCCGAGAAGGGGCUCAGAGGGUGUACAUCGAGAUCAAGUUCACCUUGAGGGACUGCAACAGCCUUCCGGGUGUCAUGGGCACUUGCAAGGAGACGUUUAACCUGUACUACUAUGAAUCAGACAACGACAAAGAGCGUUUUAUCCGAGAGAGCCAGUUUGCCAAAAUUGACACCAUCGCAGCUGACGAGAGCUUCACCCAAGUAGACAUUGGCGACCGAAUCAUGAAGCUAAACACGGAGAUCCGGGAUGUGGGGCCGUUGAGCAAAAAGGGGUUCUAUCUGGCUUUUCAGGAUGUGGGGGCCUGCAUCGCCUUGGUAUCGGUCCGCGUGUUCUACAAGAAGUGUCCGCUCACCGUUCGCAAUCUGGCCCAGUUUCCGGACACCGUCACAGGUGCUGAUACUUCUUCCCUGGUGGAAGUUCGAGGCUCCUGUGUCAACAACUCAGAAGAGAAGGACGUGCCAAAAAUGUACUGCGGGGCAGAUGGUGAAUGGCUGGUACCCAUUGGCAACUGCCUAUGCAAUGCCGGGCAUGAAGAGCAGAAUGGAGAAUGCCAAGCUUGCAAAAUCGGAUAUUACAAGGCCCUCUCCACGGAUGCCGCCUGUGCCAAGUGCCCGCCACACAGCUACUCUGUCUGGGAAGGCGCCACGUCGUGUACCUGCGACCGAGGCUUCUUCAGAGCGGACAACGAUGCCGCCUCCAUGCCCUGCACCCGCCCACCAUCUGCUCCUCUCAACUUGAUUUCAAAUGUCAAUGAGACUUCUGUGAACUUGGAAUGGAGCAGUCCUCAGAACACGGGUGGCCGCCAGGACAUUUCCUACAAUGUCGUGUGCAAGAAGUGUGGAGCGGGUGACUCCAGCAAGUGCCGACCCUGUGGAAGUGGGGUCCACUACACCCCACAGCAGAAUGGCCUGAAGACCACCAAGGUCUCCAUCACUGACCUCCUGGCUCAUACCAACUACACGUUUGAAAUCUGGGCAGUGAAUGGUGUGUCCAAGUAUAACCCUAGCCCAGACCAAUCCGUGUCCGUCACUGUGACCACCAACCAAGCCGCACCCUCAUCCAUUGCUUUGGUCCAGGCUAAAGAAGUUACAAGAUACAGCGUGGCUCUGGCUUGGCUGGAACCAGAUCGGCCCAAUGGGGUGAUCUUGGAGUAUGAAGUCAAGUAUUAUGAGAAGGAUCAGAAUGAACGAAGCUAUCGAAUCGUCAGGACGGCCGCCAGGAACACAGAUAUCAAAGGCCUGAACCCUCUGACUUCCUAUGUUUUCCAUGUCCGAGCCAGGACAGCAGCUGGCUAUGGAGAUUUCAGCGAGCCCCUGGAAGUCACAACCAACACAGUGCCUUCCAGAAUCAUCGGAGACGGGGCCAACUCCACUGUCCUGCUGGUCUCCGUCUCGGGCAGCGUGGUGCUGGUGGUUAUUCUCAUCGCAGCUUUUGUCAUCAGCAGGAGACGGAGUAAAUACAGUAAAGCAAAACAAGAAGCAGAUGAAGAGAAACAUUUGAACCAAGGUGUUAGAACGUACGUGGAUCCCUUUACGUAUGAAGAUCCCAACCAAGCAGUUCGAGAAUUUGCCAAAGAAAUCGACGCAUCCUGCAUUAAGAUUGAAAAAGUCAUAGGAGUUGGUGAAUUUGGCGAAGUAUGCAGUGGGCGUCUCAAAGUGCCUGGCAAAAGAGAAAUCUAUGUGGCUAUCAAGACGCUGAAAGCUGGAUAUACAGACAAGCAGAGAAGGGACUUCUUAAGCGAGGCCAGCAUCAUGGGACAGUUUGAUCACCCAAAUAUCAUUCACUUGGAAGGCGUUGUCACCAAAUGUAAACCAGUAAUGAUCAUAACAGAGUACAUGGAGAAUGGCUCCUUGGAUGCAUUCCUCAGGAAGAAUGAUGGCAGAUUUACGGUCAUUCAGCUGGUGGGCAUGCUUCGUGGCAUUGGGUCUGGGAUGAAGUAUUUAUCUGAUAUGAGCUAUGUCCAUCGAGACCUGGCUGCACGGAACAUUCUGGUCAAUAGCAACUUGGUCUGCAAAGUGUCUGAUUUUGGCAUGUCGCGAGUGCUAGAGGACGAUCCGGAAGCAGCAUAUACCACCAGGGGUGGCAAGAUUCCCAUCCGGUGGACUGCACCAGAAGCAAUCGCCUAUCGUAAAUUCACAUCUGCAAGUGAUGUAUGGAGCUACGGGAUCGUUAUGUGGGAAGUGAUGUCCUAUGGAGAGAGACCUUAUUGGGACAUGUCCAAUCAAGAUGUGAUUAAAGCCAUCGAAGAAGGCUAUCGGCUGCCCCCUCCAAUGGACUGUCCCAUCGCGCUCCACCAGCUGAUGCUAGACUGCUGGCAGAAGGAGAGGAGCGACAGGCCGAAAUUUGGGCAGAUUGUCAACAUGUUGGACAAACUCAUCCGCAAUCCCAACAGCUUGAAGAGGACAGGGAGCGAGAGCUCCAGACCUAACACUGCCUUGCUGGAUCCAAGUUCCCCUGAGUUCUCCGCCGUGGUAUCAGUAGGCGAUUGGCUCCAAGCCAUUAAAAUGGACCGGUAUAAGGAUAACUUCACUGCUGCUGGCUAUACCACGCUAGAGGCUGUAGUGCACAUGAACCAGGAUGACCUGGCCAGGAUUGGCAUCACAGCUGUCACACACCAGAAUAAGGUCUUGAGCAGCGUCCAGGCAAUGAGAACCCAAAUGCAGCAGAUACACGGCAGAAUGGUUCCAGUCUGA